UGUCCAUUGCAUAUACACUACAUCGCUCUCAAAACACUCGACUUACGCUACUUCAAAUUAAGGCCCUUUAUAUUUUGUAGUAAUGGAUAACCAAAAUAGUCUGUUGACGAAUGGUGGCCAAGUUGGCUUAUACACCCAGGCCAAGAUCCUGCGCUCUGAUUUUCCCAAGGAUUUUAUCUUUGGUUCUGCAACAUCUGCUUAUCAGGUUGAAGGGGCUUGGGCCACGGGCGGUAAAGGCCAGAGCAACUGGGAUGCCUUCACACUGAGAACACCUGGUAAAAUUGAAGGUGGAACGAAUGGUUGUGUUGCUAUUGAUCAAUAUAAUUUGUGGAAGGAAGAUGUGGCUUUGUUAAAAAAAUUGGGCGUUGACUCUUAUAGAUUUUCAAUUGCAUGGACAAGGGUAUUACCAGGAGGAAGAUUAUCAUCUGGCAAAAGCAAAGAAGGAAUAAAGUAUUAUAAUGAUCUUAUAGACUUGCUCCUUGUCGAAGGUAUUGAACCGUGUGCAACUAUCUUCCAUUGGGACGUUCCCCAAUCUUUAGAAGAUGAGUAUGGUGGCUUCUUAAGCCCUCGAAUUGUGAAAGAUUAUUGUGAGUUUGCUGAGCUUUGCUUUUGGGAAUUCGGUGAUCGGGUGAAAUAUUGGAUUACACUAAACGAACCGUGGUCCUUUGCUAUUCAAGGAUAUGCAUUGGGUACUUUUCCACCCGGUCGUGGUCCAACUUCAACAGAGCCCGUAAAGGCUAUCCCUCGUCAUAGGUGUAAUCUUGAUGCUUUAACUAGUUGCUCCAAUGGAAAUCCGGGAACAGAACCAUAUAUUGUGGGACACCAUUUGAUCCUUUCUCAUGCAGCGGCAGUUGAUAUUUACAAGCAAAGAUAUCAGGCACAUCAAGGAGGCAAGAUAGGAGUAACAAAUGUUGCUCAGUGGUAUGAGCCACUCACUGACACUAUAGCCGAUAAAGAGGCUGCUUCGAGGGGCCUGGAUUUUAUGUUGGGCUGGUUUGUAGCACCAGUAGUAACUGGUGACUACCCACCAGUUAUGAGAAAAUUAGUUGGAGACCGUCUUCCCCAAUUUACACAAGAACAAGCAAAGUUGGUGAAAGGGUCUUACGAUUUUCUAGGCAUAAAUUAUUACACUAGUACUUAUGCUAGCAAUUCACCUAGCGGAACUAGUACAUCACCUAGUUAUUCAAAUGAUCAGGAUGUUGCAGUAUCAAGUGAACGUGACGGGAUACCUAUUGGUCCUAAGGGCGGUUCUAAUUGGUUGUACAUUGUUCCUUAUGGGAUUUACAAGCUAUUGGUUCAUUUAAAGGAAACAUAUAAUAAUCCUACCAUUUACAUUACUGAGAACGGGGUAGAUGAAGUGAACAAUACGGCCCUAACAUUUUCAGAAACUCGAUUCGAUGAGACGAGGAUUAAAUAUCACCAAGACCAUCUCUUUUACAUUAAGAAAGCGAUGGAUGAAGGCGUAGAUGUGAAGGCUUACUACAUAUGGUCAAUGUUUGACAACUUUGAAUGGGGCGCAGGAUACAGUGUUAGAUUUGGCCUUUUUUACGUAGAUUUCGCGAAUGGCCGUUUCACAAGAUUUCCAAAAGCUUCAGCUGUAUGGUUGAUGAAUUUUAUGAACAAAAAGCAAAAUACAUUAAAGCGGGAAGCUCAAGACAAUGAAGAAGGGUAUAGCUCAGUGAAAAGGCUAAGAAGCACCUAAACGUAAAAUUAAUCUAGUCAUAGUCCAUCGUGAAUUUGUCUGGUCCUGUUUCAUUUGAAUGCUCCAUGCAUGCGUUUUUCUUCAUUUAUUCCUCUUGUUGAGGCAUUUGUGUUGCAACUAUCAAUUUUUUAUAUUUAAUAAAUGGAAUUCUAUUGUCUUUUUCAA